AUGGCUAGUCGGACAGGCGCCGUUUCUGGCUUGCGCGUGUGGACAGCGGGGACGGCGCAUUCGGCUUCAUCAGGAGCGGGGUGGGUUCGUCCGGCCCCUCGGAUACGACCGUCUUGCCCAGCAUGUCAUCCUAGACGGACUUUCCGCACGCUAGACUCGUCAGCAACAAAGCGACGACCUGCGGCGACCACCUCGCCAAUCCUCACUCUCCUCCGAACUCACGCUCACUACGCCCGCGACCGUCCUGCGCCUCCACCUACCUCUCGACAACCCGAAACUGCACCAACUUCGCAGCGAGAACGAGAACACGAGCUAUCUGAAGCUGCGGUGAAGGCGACGCAGGCGCAUUCGGGACCCGAGGGGCAUCAGAAGGAACAGGCGGUCCGGAAAGAGGAGAGUGGAGUGACAGACGUUGGCAAAGAGGAGACGGUCAGCGACAAGGAGCAAACGCGGCGAGAUUGGGAUAUCAUCAAGAAGCUGCUGCCGAACGUAUGGCCGAAGAACGAUUGGGGAACGAAGACUCGGGUCUUGCUCGCGGUUGGACUGCUCAUCGGCGGAAAGCUUCUCAACGUACAAGUGCCGUUCUUCUUCAAGAACAUUAUCGACACCCUCAACGUUGAGAUCAACCCGACGACCGGUCAAGGCGUCUUUGCAAUCGCUGGAACCGUCAUUUUGGGCUAUGGCCUCGCUCGAAUCGGCGCAUCCCUCUUUUCCGAGCUGCGAAACGCCGUCUUCGCCAACGUUGCGCAAGGAGCGAUACGAAGAGUCGCUCGUUCCGUCUUCACCCACCUACUCAGCCUCGACAUCGGCUUCCACUUGACGAGGCAGACGGGCGGUUUGACGCGGGCGAUUGAUAGGGGAACGAAGGGCAUCUCGUUCCUCCUCUCGUCAGUCGUUUUCCACGUCGUGCCGACUGCUCUCGAGAUUACGAUGGUCUGCGGCAUCUUGAGCUACAAGUUUGGCUGGGACUUUGCGGCUGUCACGCUCGCUACGAUGGCCGCUUACUCGUGGUUCACGAUCAAGACGACGGCGUGGCGCACCAAGUUCCGUAAGCAGGCUAACGCCGCCGACAAUCGUGCUGCGACCAUGUCCGUCGACUCGCUCAUCAACUAUGAGGCUGUCAAGUACUUCAACAACGAGGCUUUCGAGGUCGCCCAGUACGACCGCGCUAUGAAGGACUACACCAAGGCGUCUGUCAAGAUCUCGACCUCGCUCGCCGCGCUCAACAUCGGCCAGAACGUGAUCUUCUCGUCCGCGCUGACGGGCAUGAUGUACCUCGCCUCGAAGGGCAUCGUCGACGGCUCAAUGACCGUCGGCGACCUCGUCAUGGUUAACCAGCUCGUCUUCCAACUUUCGCUGCCUCUCAACUUCCUCGGAACCGUCUAUCGCGAGCUGCGACAAAGCCUGAUCGAUAUGGACACGCUUUUCAACUUGCAGUCUGUCGGGACGACCAUCAAGGACAACCCCAAUGCUAAGCCGCUCGCGCUGACCAAGGGUGGCGAGAUUCGCUUCGAGAACGUGGCCUUCGGCUACCACAAGGACCGGCCCAUCUUCCGCGACGUCUCGUUCACCAUCCCGGCGGGAAAGAAGGUCGGCAUCGUCGGCCCCUCAGGCUGCGGCAAGUCGACGGUGUUCCGCCUGCUGUUCCGGUUCUAUGAGCCGUCGAAGGGCAAGAUCUUGAUCGACGGCCAGGAGCUGCACGACAUCGAGCUCGAGUCGCUCCGCAAGGAGAUUGGCGUUGUACCGCAGGAGACGCCUCUCUUCCACAGCGACAUCAUGCACAACAUCCGCUACGGCCGGCUGGAUGCGACAGACGACGAGGUCAAGGAGGCGGCGCGGCUGGCGAACGUCGACCGGACGAUCGAGAGUCUGCCCGACAAGUGGCAGACCAAGGUUGGCGAGCGCGGGAUGAUGAUCUCGGGUGGUGAGAAGCAGCGGAUGGCGGUCGCGCGGGUCUUGCUCAAGGACCCUAAGAUCCUCUUCUUCGACGAGGCGACCUCGGCGUUGGACUCGACCACCGAAGUCGACCUGAUGCGAAAUAUCAACCAGACGCUUCUGUCGAAGGCCCGAACAAGCAUCUUCAUCGCCCACCGGCUCAAGACGGUCGCCGACGCCGACCUCAUCAUUGUGCUCCGCGACGGACGGGUGGCAGAGCAGGGAACGCACGGCGAGCUGAUGAGCCGGGGCGGGCUGUACCGGUCGAUGUGGGACCAGCAGAACUCGACGCUGCAGGAGCUGGACGAGGCGGAAGCGGGUACAAACGAGGCUCGGUCGGCGGAAGCGUCGGUGUGA